CACACCCUCAACUUUUUCUGGUUGCACAACCUUUCGAGUUCCAUACCUUUUCUAAACCUCUCCAAACAGACCUAAACAGCCAAACAAAAAUGCCCAUCCUCACCACAUUUCCCCUACCCGCCUCCCCGGCCGCCCUUCAAAUCCCCGAGGGGUCCUCCUCCGCCGCCCCGUUCUUCCUGGCGUUCGUGACCUCGCCCGACCCGGCCACAGGACAGUCAUGGUGCCCGGACGUGCGCGCCGCGUGGCCGGUCCUCGACGCCGCCUUCUCCGCCGCCGAGGCCCCGCGCCUGGCUGUUGUGGAGGUUGGGCAGAAGCCCGAAUGGAAGGAUCUGGAGAAUGUCUACCGCACGACGUGGAAGGUCCCGUGCAUCCCGACGGUGAUUCGGUAUGAGGUUGUAGAGGGGAGGACGGUCGAGACGGGCCGGUUGGCGGAGGGGGAGAUUCUGGAGAAGGGGCGGUUGGAGGGGUUGAUCCGCGGGAAUUGAGGGGUGGAGACUGGUUUUUAUGAG